GAAAAACGGAAAAAUCCCGCGUUCGUCGGUGCCUGUCCAGACGAUUACGGUGGACAUCUUACUUAAUAUCGCGGGGUAUAAAAAAGCGGGCGUCAAGAAUUCCCAUCCAUUGUUUGCGGAUACUUUGUGUUUCGUUAUUAGCGGCGCGGUAAGAAAAUUAUUGUCGAAGAGACGAAGAUGCGUUUCAUUAAAAUUGCUUGGUUCGUUACGUGUUGGGGAUGUUCUCUGCCCUUUGCCCUUUGCCUUCUCGACAGUUACGUACCGGGUCAGGACUAUCCUGUAUACAGUGAAAUUCCUCAAGGACUAUCGUUUCGAUGCGACCAGAAACUGCCUGGGUACUACAGCGAUCCCGAAGCCCAAUGUCAGGUGUGGCAUUGGUGUUUGCCAAAUGGACAAAAAUUUAGCUUUUUGUGCCCGAACGGUACCAUAUUCAACCAGUUUGCGAGGGUGUGCGAUUGGUUUUUCAACGUGGACUGCCCCUCUACCCCUAAUUACUAUGGGAUUAAUAGCGACCUCUACAGAGUUCCCCCUUUUAAUCAAGACUACAGCUCUGAAAAAGGCUUCUAAACGCGUUUUGCUUUGGGCAUAUUAGUUUUAUUUUCAUUUAAUGCGGAAUGUGUGGUGAUGUGUGUAAUAUAGUUUCAAAAAUGUGGAAAUUUUAUGUAUUAAAAUAAUUGAAUCUUGAUUUGUUUUUUUGGCAACU